AUGUCUACAAUUACUACCACCUCUCCCUCUACGAACAAGCCGGUCGUCACUCGCGCCGGCGUCACGGCGGAUGACCUGAAGCGAGUGGCCGACGACGCCCAGGAAGCCUUCCGGUCAUUCUCGCAGUCGACCACUCUCGCCCAGCGCCAGGAACUCGUGACCCGUGCCAUAAACAUACUCGAAAAGAAGAAAGAUGUUCUCGCCCGCGAACUCACCGAACAAAUGGGCCGCCCAAUUGGCUUCUCUCCCGUCGAAAUCGCAACAGCAAUCAAGCGCAGCCACUUCCUCAACCGCGUUAGCAACACCGUGCUAAACGAAGUCGUCCCCGGCGAAGAAGAAGCAGGCUUCAGACGAUUCAUCAAGCGCCAGCCUGUGGGAGUCGCAUUUAUCAUCUUCGCCUGGAACUAUCCCUGGUUAAUUCUAGUCAACAGUCUGAUCCCUGCGAUUCUGGCUGGAAAUGCAGUGAUUCUUAAACCCUCGCCGCAGACACCGACUAUCGUGGAGCAAAUUACGUCUGCGUUUGAGGAGGCUGGUCUUCCGAAGAAUGUGAUUCAGUUUGUGCAUUGCGGUGAGCCUUCGUUGUUGGAGGAGUUGAUUCAGUCGCCGAAGGUGGAUCAUAUUUGUUUCACGGGGUCUGUGGCCGGUGGGCUGGCCGUACAGAAGGCUGCUGUUGAUCGGAUUGUGAAUGUUGGACUGGAGCUUGGUGGGAAGGAUCCUGCUUAUGUGCGGGAUGAUGUGGAUAUCGCCUGGGCGGCGGAGCAGAUUGUCGACGGGGCUGUUUUCAACAGUGGUCAGAGCUGCUGUGCUAUUGAACGGGUUUAUGUGCAUAAGAAUAUCUACGAUCCAUUCGUGGAAGAGGUGAAGAAGGUGUUGAGCAAUUAUGUAGUCGGUGAUCCGUUCGAUACCAAGACGCAUGUUGGUCCUGUUAUCUCCAAGCGUGCGAAGGAGACUAUCCUCGCGCAUAUUGCGGAUGCCGUGAGCAAGGGUGCGAAGGACGAGACUCCUGCUAAUGCGACUUUUGAGAAUACUCCCGCGGAGGGAAAUUAUGUCAAGCCUACUUUGCUGACCGGCGUCAACCAUGGCAUGGACGUUAUGACGCAGGAGACUUUUGGUCCUGUUAUCCCUGUGAUGAAGGUUGACGGCGAUGAUGAGGCUAUCCGGUAUAUGAACGAUAGCGAGUUUGGUCUUACAGCUAGUAUUUGGAGUAGGGAUAUUGAGGGUGCUGAAAAGUUGGUUGAUCGGGUUGAGGCGGGGACGGUUUAUAUCAAUCGGUCGGAUUAUCCUAGCCCGGAUCUCGCAUGGACCGGCUGGAAGAAUUCCGGACGGGGCGUUACGUUGAGUCGCUUCGGGUUCGAGCAGUUUGUCAAGUUGAAGAGCCACCAUAUCAAGGCUCAUCCUUAA